ACCACGAUGUACAAGCUUUGGGAGCCAUGUGUAAAGCACAGAAGACGGAGCUAUCUCAUAAUCUUCAGGCGCUGUCUGAAAAGGCCAAAGGAACUACAGAGUUCAUCCAUAAUCUGAAGAGCAUGGUCGAGAAAGUACCAGACAACUGUAUUGAGUUUGAAGCCACAAUAAGCUCCCAAUGCGAUCUGUUGAUUAAGGCCGUUCACACUAGGAAACAACAGCUACUAGAAUUCGCCAGACAGGAACGAGACCACAAGAUCAAGACACUCCGCGACCAGAUAACUUCUUGUACUACCAAACUUCAGCAGACAACGGGACUUCUCCAGUUCUGUAUAGAAGCUUUAAAAGAGACCGACCCAGCGUCUUUCCUUCAGAUUGGGAAUUCGUUAACAAACCGAGUGUCGUAUCAGGACGUAAAGUGGCACAAAGAAGUUGGCAACACUCCAUGGCUUUCUCACCAAUUCAACCUAACUCUUGACCACCAGUCCGUCUUAGAGUCUAUCCAGCAAAUGACCUUUACCCAAAUGAAACCUCCAGUUCGGCCAGUGACGAUACCCGAGGAGUGUAUAGCAGAAAAUAAUUGUAUUACUAUAGCGUGGCAGCCACAGCCGGCUAGUUUUGUGGAAGGCUAUAUAUUGCAGCUUGACGAUGGAAACAACGGGGAAUUUCGAGAUGUGUAUUGUGGCCAAGAAACCAUAUGUACAGUAGAUGGCCUACAUUUCAAUAGUAUGUACAGGGCCAGGGUGAAAGCUGUCAACAGUACAGGAGAGAGUCCUUUCAGUGACCCUGUCUCCUUACAGACUGCAGAAGUUGCCUGGUUUACUCUUGAUCCCAUGUCGUCUCAUCCAGACAUUGUAUUAUUGACCAAUGAAAACCAUACGGUAACAUGUGAUAGCUAUGAACACAGGGUGGUUCUAGGAAAUAUUGGGUUUUCUCGUGGUGUUCACUACUGGGAGUUUACCAUGGACAGACUUGGAAAUAAUACUGAUCCUGCUUUUGGAAUAGCUCGAUUUGAUGUGGCUAAAGAUUUGAUGCUAGGUAAAGAUGAUAAGGGUUGGAGUAUGUACAUUGACCACCAGAGGUCAUGGUUUCUUCAUGCUGAUCACCAUGACAACAGGACUGAAGGAGGAGUAAAUACUGGAUCUGUGGUAGGUGUUCUUCUGGAUUUAGACAAGCACCAACUGAGUUUCUAUGUAGAUGAUGUUCGUCGAGGUUCCGUGGCUUUUUCUGGUCUUCAUGGUGUUUUCUUUCCUGCAGUCAGUGUCAACAGAAAUGUGCAGGUUACUAUCCACACAGCUUUGGACCUUCCCACAGAAACUAAGCCAUAUGAUAGCACUUAGUUACAAGCCCAGAAUUUGUGUCUCCACCAAGAUAUGGACAGUUUGUAUGGUGGUGAAAUUUGACUUUCAAAACUAAAAACUUUCUUGUAUAUUAACUAGCUAACUGUGUUUUAAAAGGAAUAUUGGUUAGUUAAAGUUAAUAAGCCAUCACUGCCAGAAUUGUUUAAACAUUUAGAAGACUUUCACAGGAAACUGAAAUGAUUAAUUUACAACAAUAUCCACUUAGUUUGUCAAAUAAUGCUACAGAAUUAUAAUGAGGAGGAUUUAUUCAUUGGUAAGUUUGUAAAACUGAUUUCUUUGAGGAAACAACCAAUGAUUAGAAAAUUAACCAUAUUUUUUAAGGUUUACAGCAAUGCUUUAUGUAUGAGGAUUUCCAGGCUUCAGAGUAAAGCAAAGAUCAUGACAGCUCUUCCUAUUGGAUUAAGGCUUUCAUUAGCAUAGUUAGUUACCUCUAACUGUAAUGAUAGAUAAAGGUAUUAAGUCUUUUAGCAUAUGGUGUACUUAUAUGUUUUGUAUCAUUGGUAGUACAUAUUAUCACAACAAAUGCUGGUGUAAUAUCAGCAAAAACAAACUAAAACAGUACAGUUUACUACCAAUAUGUUCAGGUCAAGUAAAUGGAAGAUGUAAUCUUACUUGAUGAAAGUUGUGUUUAUCAGAUUUUUUAUAUCCUUGGUAAGACAUAACUUGUAAACUAAUUUGAUGAAAAUAUUGAUAUCAAAUUUUUUUAUCUUAAUAGAGCUAAAGAAAAUUUCAGUAGAAUCUCUGACCCUUAGUGAGUGUACUUUGUUUAGGUGAUUUUUGACGCAUAUCAGUAAGUUGAUUUUAGUACAGAAUUUUAGUUUACAUCCAGCUGGAAUCUGGAUGGUUUGACAGAUUUUUGUGCUUAUGUGAUAUUUUCUUGUUACUAUGAAUAUACAUAUAUAUAUUUUUUUUUAGUUCUGUCUUGCAGAUAAAAAAAAAAGCCUAUUCAAAGUAGCUGAGUAGUUUUGUAUCCCAUUUCAAAUCCGACAUGGUGCUGCUUGCUAGUAUGCAUGUGUUUUGGACUUUUCUUCUAAUCUUAUGCCCAUAUUCUCUUCUCUUUUUUUUUUUUUUAUGGGAGUUCUGCAUAAGUUUAAUGGAACUUCAUUUAAAAAUAGCAUUCUAACAAGCAUUCUUCAAAUUUUCUAUAUUUAACUGAAUCAGCAUCUAAGCCAGUGAACUUUAAUGAAGGCUUCCUGAGACCAGUGUCCGUUGAACUGAAGCUAGUAUGAAGUGAAAUACUUUUUGUUGGGAGAUCUGUCUUGGUGCAUAUAGCAAAUAUUAGCUUUGUCCUCUUUUUUUUUGUUGUUGUUGUUUUUUACCACCUACAUUUUGCACCAUUUUUUUCACACAUAAGGUGUUUUUGAUCAGAUCUUUAUUGUCAUCAAAUUGAAAUGUCCUUCUAAAUAAAUG